AUGCCUUUCCCCAACGAUGGAGUGUAUACCGUCAGAAACAUCGGCAGAAACCUCAUGCUCGAUCUGUCGGGCAACAGUACCACUGAAGGCAACCAGAUCCAAGGCUACAAAGAAAAUCACACCGUGGCUCAACAGUGGGUGAUCAAGAGACAAAACGAGCCAGGGUCUACCAACAAAACUGUCAGCAUGCAGUCCAACAACGACGGCAACAAUGGUAAUGGAUGCUUUGCUACUGCGUCCCAGGAUUCGGAUGAACCAGUCGUUUAUACCAGGCAAUCAUUCCUCGUUGAUCUUAUUGCACGCGCGGACGAUACUUAUACUAUAAGCUUCACUCUCGGGAACGAGGACCUGGUGCUAUCCAUUCCAAGCGCAACUAAAAGUCCAGUGAAACUCGAGAAUUACGAGAAAUCAAGUGCCCGCCAGCAGUGGGAAUUCACCCGGGUUUCUGAUCUCCAACCGAUUGGAAACUAG